GAAUGUAGUGCUUAGUUGUUGCUCAAACCUUGUGGAAUGUAGACGUCUUACGAGACUUUCCUAAAGUUACCCCUGUCACACUAUUCACAAACUUUUUCGCAGUUCCGUCGACGAGGGAUGGAUUAAAUAGACUGCACGUUACUCAGUGACCCAGGCAGUGAAAACCUCUGGUAUCUGCAAAUACCAAACGAGGAUGGCAUCCCCUAGCACGUGAGGUCUCUACCAGAUGUAUUUAGGAGUCUACACAAUGCACCUCCUGUAUGCCAGCGUUACAUGAUGGUGUGGUUCACUGGUCUUACCGUUGUUGAUAGUAUUGAUGUGUUAAGAUGCCUUUCAAGCUUCGUUUAAAAAAGACCCGGCAGUACAAUGUGGUAUCCCGGAAUGUCCUGGUCAUCAGUGUGGAAUUGCUGGACAAGACCACACUGGAGUGUACCCUUUCUGCUGACUCAACAGGGCAAGAUUGCCUUCACAAUGUGUGCCAACGUCUUUCUUUACACCAGCCUGAGUUUUUUGGGCUUCGUUACAUGAGCAAAAAGCCAUACCCUAAGGUGAGAUGGGUGGAACUGGAUCGACCACUGAAGAAGCAGUUGGAUAAAUAUGCUCAGUCUCCUGCUUUGGCCUUAGCUGUUCUUUAUUACAUACAUGAUGUGUCCUUGUUACAGGAUGAUGUCACAAGAUCACAUUACUUUUUGCAAGUGAAGCAAGACGUUUUAGAAGGAAAACUUCGAUGUAAUCAUGAACAGGCAGUCCUCCUAGCAUCUUAUAGUUUACAAGCUGAGUUUGGAGAUCACCAGCCAGAUCGUCACACUGCAGAAUACCUGAAAGAUUUCAUGCUAUUUCCAAAGCAGGUGGUGAGUGAGAAUGAGGUGGCAGCAUUGUUGGAGGCUGUGGUGUGGCAGUAUUCUUCACUCCAAAGUCUAGCCCAGGCCUUAGCAGAAACUUACUAUAUUUUAGAAGCUCAGCGGUUGGAUGGUUAUGGACAGGAAACAUUUAUGGCUAGGUUCCGGAUUCGUGGUGUUGCCUAUUCGCGGAUUUUUCAACGUAACAUAUAUCCACAUCGUUCGCAGAAAAAUCACCAAUUCACGGAUGACCGGGGCAGCGAAGUUUACCUUGGAACUUCUCUUAUGGGUAUUGUUGUAAAACCAGCAUCAGGACAUACACAGUUUUUUUAUAGAUGGAAUGAUAUCACUAAUCUUGUGAAUAACAAACGGACUUUUGGCAUAGAAUGCCAACGAACCGAUGAAACUGUACAUUUCAGUUUUGACGAGCCAGAUGCUGCAAAAUAUGUAUGGAAGAUGUGUGUCAAGCAGCAUACCUUUUACAAGAGGAACCAAGAGGUACUGGAGGGGGGAAGUGGGCCGGAGACCAGGUCUUUAGCCAUACCAGACCUUCAGAGCUCAGUCAUGACUGCACAGCUUCAUCAUUCCCAACAUCGCAGUGCGUCUCAUGAUAUGAUGGAUAGUCGUGCUGGAUUAGGAGAUUUGACACUUCGAAGUUCAGCUGACCAGGGACCCAUGGCCUCAUACUCAACUACGCUUCCACAAUUUGAAAUCUCAUACAUACAACAGGCAUCUGAACCGAGCGGCCACUUGGGUAAUGCACUCGAGUCAUCUAGUUGUCAGAUGAUCAGUGACCCUUCUUAUGGAUUAUUGUCACAAUCUGCUUACUCCCUGAACUCCAUUCAUCAUUCACAGAAUCCGGUUGUUUUAGCCUCCCAUACUCAACCUUCAGCUCUGCAGCAGCAGCAGUCACAGCAACAGCAGCAACAGUCUUCCCAAGCACAACAACAAGGUCAACAGCAACAACAACAGUCACAGCAACAUGAUGCACCAGGGCAGCAGGUGGCUCUCUACUCCUCUAACUUAAGUCUUCCUUCAACAAGAGGCAGCUUUCGCAGAACUCUACUACCUCAGUACAGACCAGCACCAGAUUACGAGACAGCGUUGGUUCAAAAGUACGGCCCUGGAGUAAACCCUGUCAACGUUCGGGCCACAAUGCUGUAUUCUUCGCAACCUGAGAUAUCCAAUAGUCAUGUUUUGGAAGGACCUUCCCAGGAAGUACCUGUCAGUAACUACAGCCACUACAAAGGAUACACAGAUCUUUCUGUGUACCAUGACCCCUCCAUGCCACAACUUAGUCGAUCAGCUGGGAUACUUAUGCCUGGACCUCUCCAUAACACAUACAGCACCCCAGAAUUAGCAUCCCCAUCCGCUGGAGAUUUAUUUGAAGGGGGAUCAAGAGCUGACGGUGGCAGAGAUGUAAACAGUAGGGGGCCACAAGACCAACAGUUACUCCAUGUGUACAAACCUCCGCCACCUUAUCCAUAUAGUAAACCAUCCAGCAACAGUACUCCUGACUUGGCCUCUAGUAAUCAGGGGAAUAACAACAGUCCAGAUUUAGCAUCAAGAAGAAGGGCACUGGUGACUGCUUCAUUAGGGUGCCUUGGGUCGCCAGACCUUUCGAGGACUUACGAGAACUUGGCCGAUCUCAGUGAAGCUGUGGAAAGUCUUCGCAACGAGUUAACAAGGACUACCGAAACUGGUAGUUCUUUCCUUCAUCCACUUCACUCAUUCAGUCACAAUUACUCUUGUGAUGAUCUGGAUGCCAUUUAUCAACUAAGUAAUGGCCAUGUAGCCAUAGGAACAAAUAGAAACAUCAAUCCUUUGUUCACAGGGGAACAGCAGGGACAGCCAUCACAGCAGCAAGGUAGUGCUGCCACUCAGUAUCCUGGUGGACCUCAUUAUGCUACACAGUUUACUGGACAAUACACAGCAGAAUCAGCUCAAUAUUCCGGUGGUGUUCAGAGUUCCCAAGAGCCCAUUUAUCAGAACAUUGGUGUCCUGAGGACAGAUGAGCCAAGAGAACGCACAAGGUCAGCGCCAGAAAUCGACAGCAACUCUCUCGGUGUUGUAGCUACUACACAGGGUAGUCAUAUAGUGGGGCUUCCUGGAGAGGACCUUCAGGGAGGGAGAAGCAGGGCCUUGUCACAGCCUGUACGACAGGCAGCUAUUGAGCCCCAGAUAUACAUAGAAAAUCGUCUUGGGGAACAACAGCGAGGUCCUAUUGAAGCCAUCAAUGCUGCUAUGGGACAGAUUCCUGUCUUUAGUGCACAGCAAGAAUUGAGACACAGCCAUCACCAUCACUUACAUCUUCAGCAGCAGAUGCAAGCUCUUUCACUACAGCAGCAACAGCACAUUCAAAUACAACUCCAACAGAAGGAACAAUUGCAGCAGAAAUUGCAGCUUCAGCAGAAGAAGGAUCAGCAGCUCCAACAACAGCAACAGCUGCAAGCUCAACAGCAACAACAGAGUGUUCAGCUUCAUAAUCAGAGUGCUCAUCUUCACAUACAGCAACAGCAGUUACAGCAGCAGGUGAAACAGCAACAGCGGCAACCACAAGAACAGCAGAGACCUCCCCAAGAACAACAGAGACAGGUUCAGGAGAAAAGACAGCAGGUUAAGGAGCAGCAACAGAGGCAGCUUCAGCAGCAGAAGCAGUUACAACAGCAGCUACAACAGCAGCUACAACAAAGUCAACAGCAGCAACCAGCACAGCAGACAAUGGUUGCCAAACAGCAGCUAAAACAGCAAGCACCACCGCAUCCCAAUGAUACGAGUAACGAGGGUGGCGGUGGAAAGCUCUCCCCGAGAAAAAAAUGGGGAGCACCACCUAUGGGACCUGUGUUAGUUGCAGGUCAAACAGAGACAGCAGCGCUUGCCUCAAACUUUGUGACAGCUGAUGCCCAUGGUGGUCAGGAAGGAGUGCUUUCUAAGAAGGAAGUUUCAAAAAGUAGUGAAAACCUCUUGAACUCUGCAGGGUCUGCAAAAGGUGCAACACCUGAUGUACUUCGAGGGGUGACUCCUUCAAAGUCUGUGCCAAAGGACCCCAGGGUCCUGCAGUUAGAGAGCAAGCUUUUUGCCUCAGAUAUUUUACAAGAGUACGAAGCAAUUCCUAGAAAAAAACCCAAUGCUGAUUUCACAACCUCCAUGAAGCCAGAUAACAUUCCACGGAAUAGGUACAAAGAUAUUGUACCUUAUGAAGAAAAUAGAGUGAAAAUCACACCAGCCAAGGAUAACAAAAGUGGAUAUAUAAAUGCCUCCCAUAUUACAGCAAGUGUUGGAGAGAGUCAGCGGUUUUAUAUCUGCUGUCAGGGACCUUUAGCCAACACAGUCUCACACUUUUGGCAGUGUGUUUGGGAAGCAGAUGUGUUUCUGGUUGUUAUGUUGACAUCUGUAACAGGUGAUACAGCCACCAGUAAAAGUUUUCCGUACUGGCCCCAAACCGACAACACAAGUGUUGAAUGUGGACAGUAUCGAGUGUUCAGAAAACACAGCACAGUGACAGGAUCCCACGUCACGAGUAGAUUACAAAUUGUUCACGUCCCAACUCGUAAGACCAGAACUAUUUGGCACCUGCAGUUUACAGAUUGGGCAGAUCAUGGAUGUCCAGAAGAUACACAAGGCUUCAUAUCCUUUUUAGAGGAACUCUCAACUCUGAGGCGAUACACGUAUAAUGAGGUGCGUGGAGUAGGCCGAAACAGGAACACUCCUGUGUUGGUCCAUUGCUCAGCUGGUGUUGGCCGCUCAGGGGUCACCAUACUUUGUGAUCUGCUGUUGGAGGCUACUGACCACAACUUGCCAUUAGAUCCCCCAAAGGUAUUGCAUCACCUACGACAACAACGGAUGGCUCUUGUACAGACAAUUGCUCAGUACAAAUUUGUAUACCAGGUGUUGAUCGCAUACUUAAACAGGGCUAGGUUGAUUUAAAGCAUCUUCCAGAAAAACAUAAAAGCUUGAUACAGAGUAGUAGUUAACUCUUGAAUUUAUGCUUUAAUUUUGCCAUGUUUUUUUGACACAGUUUAGAUUAUGAAUACAUAGAACUUGUUGACUAUGUUGAUUGGGGUUGAUUUCAAAAAAAGUUUUCAACAUUGGCCUAAAUGCUGGCUUUUUUUUUAGGACAGCGAAAGGUUAUAUCCCAGUGAUUUUUGCUGUGUUCAUUCAUAAUAUAUGUCAGAAGAUGCCAAGGAGCAAUGGAAAUAUAAACUUUCAUAUAAUGUUUACAAUGUUGUCUUGUCUUUCUUGCAUGCUAACUUGUAAGUUACUGGCAUUUACAAGUAAGCAGUUAUAAGAGUAAUCUUUCAAAAGUGCUACCAUUCUUGUGAAGUAUAGACCGUCUUGCUAGCACAAGUUGUUAAAUGAAGCAUGAUCCAUCAAGAGUUCAUCUGUAAUGCAUUUUUUACUUUUAAAGAUUAUAGAAUUUUUAUACAAGCACUGUUGGUUGUUACUGCCGCUAUUUUAAAUUGCCCCGUCCAGUUUUGCCUUUUGCAGCGUUAGAAUAAUCUUGGAAGAUCGCCCAUGAGGCAGGUUAUUAUUGUGAUAGGCAAUUUUUCCUAUAUAUACAGUUUUUUUGUGUUUGUUGUAAGCCAACAUGAUCUCAUCUUUGUAAGUAAACAUAGGUAUGGACUAUUUCAGUUUAUGAAUGGAAAAUGUCAUUUUGUGUGCCUUUCAGCUCAUCUCAUCACUUGAAUUUCAUUGUUACUGUCUGUAUGAAUAGAAUAUUGUCAUGGGUUACGUAGGUGGCUGUACAUUUUGUUGGUGAUAUAGUUUACCUUACUAGAAAUAAGUUUUUAAUCCAUUAAUGUUUACUUUAUGUGAGUUAAAUCCCAUAAGCUACUCUUUUUACUUUUGUUAUACUGCAGAGCAGUUUUAUGAUUUGGCUAUUUUGUGAUGCUGUAGUACCUGGUUGCACAGAUUAUGUUAAGGCAGAUGAUGUGUAUACUUUCCAGAUUUUUCCCUCGUAUGUGAGUAUUAAAAAUACAGACACAUUUGCUUUACUAAGUAUUCCAGUUUGGACUAUAAUACACUGUUGCAGUUACUGAAGGAUGCUUGAAUUCAUCACAAAAUUUGUGUACCAGUGUGCAUAAAGGGAAUAUGUUAUAAGCUGAUAUACUCAGCAAGAUUUCUGAUAUUUUUGCAAUGCUAAUAUCAUGUUAUUUACCUAUAUAUCCUUUGCAGUACUUUGCUGCAAAGAACCCUUUCUUUUUAUAGUGGAGUUAAAUUGCUGUUUGGGCCAAGUUUAACAUAAACAAAUUGGUACAGUAGUCCUUUCAGGGCCAGUGUCAGUAUGCUUAAAACUCUGUCAAGAGCAGCAUUAAUUUUUAAAUUUUUAAAUUCAAUUAUAACUCACUGUAUGCACAUAUUGUAUAUCAAUUUUUGUUUUAUUAUUUGGUUUUCAGAGAAUAUUUAGAUAUCUGAUUUU